CCGGUCGUCAAUAAGAAAGAAUACGUCGGUCGGAAUAAGGAAGAGCGACAGCAAGGCAGAUAAAGAAAAAUAUAUUUUCGUUUUUGGCGGUAGGCCUUCAGGCUACGAAUGUUUCUGGUUAAAAUUUAACCAGAUUUUUAGGUCUGUAGAAAGCGACCAACUUUUAUUUUCAUCAGAGUGACAUCCUAAUUCAGUGGAUUUGGUCGCUUUUUGCAAAGAUAAAACAAUUUAGUUGAUGAUUUUCUGCAUAACUUAUGUCAAAUAUAUAUCAUUUUCGACAUUGACAGAUCGUAUCCAUAACAAAACCAAAUCAAAUUCAUAGCCUGUUAUUACAAUCAGAAUAAGCUGGAGGCUUCUCGUAAAUUUCGUCGCUCAAUCACUUUAUUGUUUGUCGUCCUAAUCCCUACAUGAUCGCUAAUGGGUUGAUAUAACUUUAUUGUACUCUUAUCUCGACACGGAUAGCAAAAAUGCGUAAUAUCACCCCAGUGUGAUCAAACUUUCUAUGCGGUCAGUGCUCUCCAUUGGUUCAACCUGUCAUAUUUCAGAGUUAAAUUUAAUGUUUUGAGAAAUUAUUUUCAGCCUCUAACAGAAAUAUUAAUCGUAUUUCCGCGUGUAUAAUGCAAGUAGCGGCAAAUAAUAUUUUUUCAAAAACUAGCAGAGACAUCACAGCCGGUAUAAGGAACACAUCGUGCAAUCGCGGAUGGCUCCAAGUUUUCACUCACAUCGUAUGCGGGGUCUUUACCGUCACGAGCUUCAUAUUGAUCUUAAUCGUCGCAUUUAACACCACCAAAACGAAACCGAACAUUGCUGAGUCCCGGUGUCAGCUCUCCGGCUGCCGCGUCAUCUGCCAUGAGACACCAUUUUACGAGGAAUAUGAGGACGACAUUGUGUUGGGUAUUAUGCAGGCUGCAGAGGUGAAUUGUCACAGCGUAUUUCUGACUUUGACUGAACCCCGAUUUACUAAUGAAUCACUACCCCAAAACUGGCUUACAAGACUACGGCCGGUGGUAGUCGAAAUCGGUAUCAUAGGUGGAAAUCUUCAUCAUAUUCCACAAGAUGCCUUCUCUGCUGCCUUUGCAAGAAAUGUGAGACUACUGUUGUUAGAAGAAAUAACUAUAACUUCGUGGAGCCAACACGCAUUUCUAGGACUUGCAAACUUAGACAACAUUUUAAUAAAGAAAUGCAACAUUAUUGACAUGCAAGAAAAUUUUCUGUCUGCAGUGAGUCAAUCUUUAUCAACAUUAACAGUAGUAGAAAGUGGCUAUUGGAAUCCGAAAAAUCUUACAGGGUCCUCAGAUUUAGCGAGUUAUUCUAUGCUAACUUGGGUAGAUUUAUCUAGCAACGACUUCGGUGCCAAUUUAGGACUCACCAGCUUUACCAGAUUGAGGUAUUGCAAGUCACUCUACCUCGCUUCCAAUAGAAUCUCUUAUAUAGAACCAGGAACAUUUGACAAUCUGAUUAAGUUGGAAUAUUUAAAUUUAAAUAAUAAUUUCCUAAAUCGCAUAGAACCGGGUCUAUUUAAUGUCAUGUCUUUAUCUUCUACGCCAAAAGUUAGAUUAAAUCUGGUAGAAAAUUGGUGGCAUUGUGAUUGCUCGGACAGGGAAUUAAGACGAUUAACUGCGUACGCUAUACUAUUGGUAGAUCCGAUUUGCAACUCUCCCAAAUCAGCGCUAGGAAAAACCUUUUAUGAAUUCGUCGCUUACUGCAAAGAAAAUGAACCAAAACAAAUAGUUGCUGUAGAUAUGCAACGUAAAAUUGUUGAAAAUGAAGGAUCAAGCAUAGAGACAUUUAAGUGCGUCUCAAAAACUUCUCAAGUCUCUACGUCAAGAGUGAUAUCACCUUUUCACAACUAUCAAUGCUCAGAGAGCGUCCUCGACUCGCUUUCUCAAGGUAAUUCUACGGUGACAGAGAGUGAUAUCACAAAAUGCAGUUUGUGGAUCAAACCUGUAAUUUUUCAAAUAGGAGAUAAUUUUACAAUGGUCGAGUUAAGUUUAUCAAGAACUGAAGGUCAUGGGCUUAUUUGGUAUCAAAAUUCAUGUGCGAAUGAAGUAUUUUGUGUAAACGUCUUGCCAGACACAAUUCGGCUUUAUAAUAUAGAUAUUUAUAAUGAGUAUACUUUUUGCCCUGUAGAUCUAAAAUCGGGUAGUGUAGAAAGUUCUCAUUGCAUUGAUGUUUUGUCGAAAAACACAAGUAAUUCUUCUUUUAUAACACGACUAAUAUUAUAUCCUUUAAUAGCAAUUGGUUCUCUUUUCUUUGGAGCUCUUAUACUCUAUAUGCUUAUUCGAAAAUAUCCUUUUCUAUUGAAAGGCAGCAAAAGACUGCUGUUCGUAAAGCAUAAAACGGUGGAUGCCUUGGUAUUGCCACCGAAAGUACCUUUACGUGGAGUUCAGAGCAACAUUUCCUUUAGUAAUUCUAAAGAUUUUCCUGACAUAACGACAUCUUUAUAUCAUGAUUUCAUGCGGUCCGGUUCCAUGAGAAGUUGUCAUAGUAUUGCUCCAAGCUAUAUUUCCGCGCUACACCCAACUGAAGAGCAACUAGCGGAUUGGCGCUUGAAACAUGCUAAUGAACGAUUUGACAGCCAUUAUGCAACGGUAUCCAUAAUUAGCUCCGAAGUGCCAGUUUCGUUGUCAAGUAAUAGCGAUCACUUUUAUUUCUCAAUUGAGGAUGAUUCACCUAUCGUUAGCAUCAGUGAUCCGAUUAGUCAGAGUUUAGAAUAUGAACCUGACAGUGUUUCUUAAUUUCCUUAUUGCUCUCUAAUCUAAGCAAUAGUGGAGUGCCGUUUUCACUGAACCAGAGUAUUCGGAACAGAUGAUAUUGGUGAUACUAUUAGAAAAAGACGAAAUCGCCAAAGCCAAACGGCCUUAACCAAAAUUACUUGGAAAUUUGAUUUGCCCAUAACCGCCGCCAUCUUAAUUUUUUUUUACAAAAUAUUUCACAAAAGUCCGUUCUAAGUCGGUUUCCUGAGUUUUUGCAUUUUUAAGUCUAACGGCCCUCCUCAAAAUAGUAAAUAUUAAUGCUAUAUUUAAUUUAUAGUACUAAUGGUAAGUCUAUUUUCAGUAGAAUGCUAAGCGCAGAUGUUCCGCAGCAUAUUUAUUUGGACAAUGUGUCAUGAGACGAGGUAACCGGGCCGGCGUAAGCGCAUGCAUCGUGAAUCAAUCGUUCACAGCUGCUUCUGACAUCAAUUUGAAUUCACUGCAAACAAUAUAGCGUGGCUGUUUUUUUGAAUUGAGAUAAAAAUGAGAGAACCUUAUAAUAAGGGAAUAAAGUACAGAGACGUAAGACAUUUAAAAAGAGGAGCAUAUUGUAGCUCAUACAUUUUGCGUGAAUUCAAGUGAAUUUCAUUAUUUUAAAUUGGUAAUACGUGCCGUUCAACAAAAUAGCAAUAUAUGCGAUGUUAAGCAGCCAAUUCUAUCUCGCUUUAUCUGGCAGCUGAUGAACAAUUUAUCCGUACUAAUAUUAUAAACGUGAAAGUAACUCUGUCUGUCUGUCUGUUACCUCUUCGCGCUUAAAAUGCUAAACUGAUUUAAAUAAAAUUUUGUAUGGAGAUAGUUUGAGGCCUGGGGAUCUUUCCUCAUAGGAUAGUUUUAAAAUGCUUCUAAUAACUUUGUUGUAACAAGUAGAUAAUUUUUUUUUGUAUGUGCAUUAUUAAUAAAUAAUGAAAAAGGCACUUAUAUUUUUAAUUUAAUUAUCUUUGUUUGUCUAUUACAAUAUUUUUUGAAAUAAAGAUAUAUUUCAAAAUUUAAUUCAUCUUGCCUGCUUGGUGCCAGUGAAUCCACUCGGGUAUCCAAGUGUACCGCUUGUAAUAUGUCGGCGGCCGAUCAUUAAAUCCACCAAAUUAUGCAAUUUCUAGGCAUAACAUGAAAUGUCGCCACGUCGCCACUGAGCAUAUCACGAUGUGCCUUAUAUUAAAUUAUACGACAGAUCGAUGAGAUUAAUGAUCGACCGCUGACAUAGAUAUACAUGUUUUGGUCAAAUUAAGAAGGCUGCGUUAUUUUAUUAAGAUACAUUGUAGUAUUCCUAUGGCUACCUUCGGUCUCCAUAAUCAGAGCCGCUUUAUAGUACUGUCAACAUCAAUAGUAGCGGAUGAAAAAACUCUUCUAAAUCUAAUCUUCUCUCUAAAUCUUCCAAAUUUAGGUUCAAAAGUGUAUCUUUUACAGUCUUAAUUGUUUUACAUAUAGUAUCACUUUUUGUUAAGCUGUUACAGAAUGGUAAAUACUUUUGACACCUUGUUUGAUCCGUCACUUUUGAUGCUGACUGUACCAUAAAAUUGCAUUUUCACGGAAAUUUUCAUCUCCUAUUGGAUGCUGAUGAUCCUAAUCUCCUAUUGGAGAUGUCCAAUAGGGCAUCAAACAGGUCCACAGUCACAAACAACUAACAAAAAACGUCACAUACUGACAAACAUUGUAAACUUCUUAAAAAUUAUCAAAUUAAAAUUGUUUUCCAGAAGCAAGAGUUAACCCUUAAUCACUGACGCUUUUUGCGAUAAAUUUAGAACUUUAACGAAACGUCAUAACGCCUUCUACGACGUACCACAUUCGUACGUCAGCGGUUAAGGGUUAUAGAUCAUGUCAUUCACGACGACGCGACUUGACUCUUAUUGUCAUGUUAUUAAAGGUUAGAUUUGACAAUUCUGCGCGUCAUCGUGGAUGACAUAAAGAUUGAGUCUUAAUUGCUAUUGGCUGGUGUGCACAAUGAAGUUUUAAUGAAAGUGUUUUAGUUGUUUAUAAAAAGAACACAGGAAGUGCACACAAUAAUAAUUAUCAUUUACAACCGCUUAUCAAUACCUGCCAAAAAUAAAUGUUCUUAACAAGUACAAUGGCGCUAACAAUAGUUCGAAACCGGCUGUAUUAUAAUUGGCAACCCUACCUUCCGGCGAGGCUAGAACAAUGCACUUGGCAGUGACAUUGCUAGGGUUGGCAGAUAAAGCACCGCUAAUGUUUAUCGCUAAUGAGAAAUGCGUGUCUGAUGCGAUUACGUGGACACGUGAUGUGGGUUUAAUCGUACACUGACAAUGCAAUGCUUUUGUAAUUCAGAUUUAAAUUUAUAUUCACGGGAAAAUCUCGACGUUUUUAAAGCUUUGGUAUUAUCUGACCAGCUACUGCUACGAAAUUCAAAAUAUUAAAUAGGUUUAAAUUCCGCUAAGAUUUUUGCAUAUUUCAUGAAUGGUUUGUCUAUUUUAUGAUGCUGUGUUUGAUUUUAUCCUAUAAAUAUAACAGAUGUGAAAGUUAUAUGGGUGAUGUUUGGAUACCUAUCUAUUUGGCAUCUUAAUAGCUUACGUGGAAUAGGAUAUAGGAUACUUUUAUCUUGAGAAUCUUGAUCUAAGGUGAUAGUAAUAGUAAGUAUGAAAGUUCCAACAGGAGUGGGAAGGAGGUCCUACUUGUAUGAUACUUAUACAUAUACUUCUUUUAGUUUUGUAAAGAUGUUUUAAAAAUUACUGGCCUGUUGGAAUGACAUAUAUAGUCUAUAGGUAUCUGUAUGAAAUACGUAAAGGUUGACUAAUGCCACCUGUUAUUACAUCUGCUAUUUUAUAUUUUUCUUCAUUUAUUUGGAUGCAAUAAUGUUGCAGUAUUGUUUUAAAUUUUACGAUGUUAUCAUCCUGACUAUACAGAGUUAUUUUAGUAUUUAAGUAGCUAGUUUGUGUAAACUAUUUAUUGUUUCACAUUUUUUGGGUAAGAGAUAGUUAAAAGAUUUACUUCGAAUUUUUUCAACAAUAGAAAUAACUCCACAUAUGUUAUGCGUUCGGUUUUUUAUCAUACAAUGUUUGCAGUAAAAUUAUGAAAUAAACGAAGGGAUUCCACAUACACCGUGUUUUUAUUGAAUUUCGUUAACUUCGGGGUAUCGGUAAGUACGUUUAAGGAAACUAAAUGGCAUAAUUAAUUUAAAAAAAAAAUUUUUUUUUUGUUUUUUUUUUUUACUUUUUUUUUUUAUAAAAAUUAACUAAAUGUUGCAUAUAGCGUCGUUGUAACACGGGCAUUACAUUUAACUCAACCAAACAAUUGAAAACUGUGACAUAUCAAUGUCAUUUCGAACGUCGAUCGUCCGAGAUAGUACUUACGUUUAGUAGCAAAUGUAUGAACUCGCAGUAAACACUAAUCAAUAAGUAAACAGGCCCUAAGGCAAGUGUACACGCUCGUAAGGGCCUUAUAAGAUAAAAAUUAAUGAUUGAUUAUCUCCGAAAUGGAGUUAAUUAGAAUAUCGGUGUCUUUGAGAAAGUUACUUAAUUUAAGCUCAGGAAUGCACCCUCGAAAUUAACGCAAAUCAAAAAAAACACGGUCACACAUACCAAAUAAAUCAUGUCGAUUUUGCAAAAUUAACACUACCUGCUUUUAACGAUUAAGUACCUACAGUAUUCUAAUAAAUUGUACAUUAUUCGUUAAUAGGUACCAUAAAGAUUUGCAUAUAAAAAUGUUUUUUUUUUUACCUAUGUCUCUCUCUAUAUCUUUCACAAUGUUGUCAACCCCGGUAGUGGAUAAGCUAUAAGUCACUGAUAGUCUCCACUGAGUACCCGUGAUCGUUAUCACUUAUCAUUUUAGAUAGAUGACUAGACGUCAAAUCAAUACAUUACUCAUCAUUCCUGAAAAACUACUUAGAGUUAGACCAAGAUUAGUCUGCAACGAUUUUGAUAGCACACGCAGUGCAGGUGUUAUUUAUACGUCAUAGAAGUUCGUCUUUUAAAGUAACACUUGAACUGCGUUAAAAUCGUUGCAGACUUGUCUUGGUCUGCCUCUUAUCAUUUUUGAUAGCAUUCUUCUGAACAACUGGAAAAUAUUUGUAAAAUAAGUUUUUUGUCAGAAAUUGAAUUUUUCAUAGAAGCUCAGGUUGAGUUGUUUUAUCACAGCAUUCCUAUGGC